ACUUCCUCCUUGGUGUGUUUGACAAGGACUGACGUACUCUAGGCCCUUUGAAUCCCGGAAGUCCAGGACACACCCGACCUCAAAUGCAACGUCCAGAAUGCUGGAGCGUAGGUGAAAGGACAAAAUCCAGAAACGUUUCGACAUGAGGGACCCACUGACCGAUUGUCCGGAAAAUAAAGUAUACAAGAACCUAAAGGAGUUUUCUCAAAAUGGAGAGAAUUUCUGCAAGCAGAUCACAUCCGUUCUUCAGCAAAGUGUCUUCCCCACCACGUCAGAGGCAGCAGAGUGGAGCGGUUAAGCAGGAUGGUCCUCCGGCCAAGCUGUCUGGGCUUCAGUCCCGGCUCCCUCACCUCCUGCCUGCGCACCCUCAGGGCAAACCUGGAGAUAAGCUAUGCCAAAGGACUGCAGAAACUGGCAAGCAAGCUGAGCAAAACAUUACAGAACACAAGGAAAAACUGUCUCAGCAGUGCCUGGGCCUGGGCCUCGGAGGGCAUGAAGUCCGCAGCAGACCUGCAUCAGUGAGUGCCCCACCCUGGCCUUGCUCCGACUCCAAAGGGAGUCGUAAAUAUUUAAAAAAACUUGGCAAAGCAAUUGAGUUGGAAGCAAUAAAACCAACUUAUCAAGUCCUGAAUGUACAAGAGAAGAAGAGAAAAUCACUUGAUAAUGAAGUUGAAAAGACAGCAAAUCUUGUCAUUAGCAACUGGAAUCAGCAAAUUAAGGCUAAGAAAAAACUAAUGGUGAGUACCAAGAAGCACGAAGCACUUUUCCAGCUUGUAGAAAGCUCCAAGCAAUCCCUGAAUGAGAAAGAGAAGCGGAAGCUCCUGAAUAAACUGAAAAAAUCAACUGAGAAGUUGGAAAAGGAAGAUGAAAAUUACUACCAAAAAAACAUGGCGGGCUAUUCUACCAGACUGAAGUGGGAAAACACACUGGAAAAUUGCUAUCAGAACAUCCUGGAGCUGGAGAAGGAAAGAAUUCAGCUCUUGUGCAAUAACUUAAACCAGUACAGCCAACAUAUUUCUCUUUUUGGCCAAACCCUGACCACAUGCCACACACAGAUUCACUGUGCCAUCAGCAAGAUUGACGUCGAGAAAGAUAUCCAGGCUCUGAUGGAAGAGACUGCAACUUUAUCUACAGAAAACAAAUCUGAGUUCCUAUUGACCGAUUACUUCGAGGAAGAUCCUAACAAUACAAUGGAUAAAGACAGACGGAAGACUUUCAUAAAACCAAAAUUGUUGAGACUGCAAAAAGAUAUUGAAAAGGCCUCAAGAGACAAGGAAGGCCUGCAACGAAUGCUCAAUACAUACUCCAGCAACUCCUCCUUCUCCGACACCAAGAGCCAGAAAGAGACAGCAGUGUUAAUGGACGAGAACAAUUUGAAACUAGACCUUUUGGAAGCGAACUCCUAUAAACUGUCAUCAGUAUUAGCAGAACUUGAGCAAAGACCUAAACCCAGCCAUCCCUGUAGUACCUCCAUCUUCAAGUGGAAAGAAAAGGAGCAUACUCAUAGUUAUGUAAAGAUAUCUCGGCCUUCUUUGAUGAAGAGAUUAGACAAUGUGUUGAGCAGGGCAUCUUCUGAUGGCCAGAGGACGAAUCUGAGUUCUUCAUCUCCAGCCUCUGGUGCCACCAAGUCCAGCAACCAUCUAUGCAAAGCUUUAUAUUCUUUUCAAGCCAGGCAAGAUGAUGAGUUGAACUUGGAAAAAGGCGACAUUGUGAUUAUACAUGAGAAAAAAGAAGAAGGAUGGUGGUUUGGAUCUUUAAAUGGAAGAAAAGGCCAUUUUCCUGCUGCUUAUGUGGAGGAGCUACCUUCCAACGCUGGGAACACAGCUACGCAGCCAUGAAGCGCAGCCCCAAACACACUGCCUCACACCCCUGUAAACUAACUCCACCAUGCGGUGCAAAUAAAGACGAAAUGCCAUUAUCUUUACAAGUUUUUCUUUUUAAAUGGGUGUCGGAGUCCUACCUGCCUGUCACAGCACUUUCCACUCGUGGCUAUUUGCCUGAAACCGAGUCAGACAGAAGACGAAGGGUGGAAAGAAGCAGGGGAGAAGCUCAUACAUAGCUUCUAGGGGUUUCCAGUUCUUAGAGACCCUAGAGAUGAUCCAGGACAACAACUGGUGUCACAGAAAAAGGGACUGAGUCCAGGGUGGGCUCAGCAGCUCACCUGAAGUCACAGAGUUUUCUGGUAGCACAACAGUAGUUUGGACUUGGCUGUCCUUUUGCUCUGGACUUGGGCGGCAACAGGACACCUCAGGCCUGGGAGAUGAGGAACACGAUCAAGUCCAAGAACAGAGAACAGACAACCAAGACUCCAGUGAGGCUGACCUGGGUUAGGGGACAGUAGAAUCAAGGAUCAGGAGCAAACGCUAGAAGUUCACAGACUGGGAAGUUCUGGACCCUCUGCCCACGGCCAGAACUGCUUAUGGAGUGUGGCCAGGUGUGAGCCAGAGGUGGCUGGGGAUAUGAGAACAAGAGCAGAGUGGACAGGAAGGGGUUAGGAGACAGUGCCCCGAAUUUCAUGCCUCCUUGCCCAUUUGGAAACUUCAUUUACCAAUUCAGAAACAAGGAAUUCUAUACUUUCCAACAAAGCCAUUAUGGGAAAAAUACCCUAAGCAGCUUCCUAAUAAAAAGAACUUUAAAUGCCAAUAGGUCUUUAGUUUGAAUGGAAAGUUCUGGGAACCAACCUUCGCUAUCAAAAUGGAAUAUUUAGUGUGAAGAAGAUUUGUGCUGCUUCCUCAAAUGCCCCAUAAGGAAAGGCUGGGAAUGAGAGCGGUUAGACCCCCAAACUCCUGCCUAGGGGAAAUUUAGAAUGGAGAGCAUGUUACAGCAGCAUCUUUCAGAAAAUGACCCACAUCUGCCUGGAGAUCACACAUGCCAUCGAACGGAAGGUCACAAUGUUGACAGAAACUCCUGGACAUGUUUACUCUUGUGCCAAAUAGUGAGUCUGUCCUUUGGAACUUCAAUGGAGGCAUUAAAGGAGUAAUUAAAAUCCAUUUCAUUA